UCCAAUAAAAAUCAAGGGGACACAAGCUUGAGAAGUGUGAGCUCUCUAGAAUCUAGAUAGAGCUCAGAAGCAUCUCCUUGGCUUGACCAAAAGAAAAGCAGAUUCACCAUUCUUCAGCCAGGCAGGCAUCUGUGCUUGAACCCCCAAUCCAAGAUGAAGAAAUCACGGCUAGUGUUCGUGCCUGCUCCCGGCAUGGGUCACCUUGUGUCCACCGUCGAGUUCGCCAAGCUUCUUAUCAACCAGGCACGCCUUUCCAUCACCGUCUUCGUCCUCAAGUCACCAGGCUCCACCAGCGUCGAUGCCUACACUGACUCUCUCACUGCCUCCCCUAACUUCCCCGAACGCCUCCACUUCGUUCAUCUCCCACCGACGAGUCUGCUCCAUUUACACGACCUCAUCCAGAACAACAUCCCCCUUAUCAAGCAGGCCGUGUCCGACCUCGUUCAACAGUCCCAAUCCGACCCUGACUCCCCCCGACUCGCCGCCUUCGUCGUCGACAUGUUCUGCACAGCCAUGGUCGACGUCGCCAACGAGCUCGCCGUUCCCACCGUCGUCUUCUACACCUCCGGCGCCGCAUUUCUCGGCCUUAUGCUCCAUCUUCACCAGCUCGGGGAACAGGGUGUUCUCGACAUGACGAUGCCUGACUUCAAGGACUCGGGCACUGAGUUGGCCAUCCCGAGUUUUGAGAACCCCGUGCCCGCUAAUGUUUUGCCCUCGGUGCUCCUAGAGAAGCAGUGGGAGGAAUUUGUGGACAAUUACGUCAAGGGCCUUCGGAAAGCGAAGGGUAUAAUUGUAAACACGUUCGAGGAGCUUGAAUCGCACGCUGUUCGCUCCUUUGCCCAAGGACAUACCAGGAUUUAUCCUGUGGGGCCCAUCUUAAGCGCUAUGGACGACGAAAAGGCUCAACAAAGAUCAGAUGUCAUGGAGUGGCUAGACAAUCAGCCCGAGUCGUCGGUUUUAUUCCUCUGCUUCGGGAGCAGGGGUUGUUUCGGUGAGGAUCAAGUGAGAGAAAUAGCGCGCGCUCUAGAGAACAGUGGGGUCCGCUUCUUGUGGUCCUUGCGUAAGCCCCCACCGGAGGGUUCAAAGAACAUUGCUGAUUACUCUGACCCGGCAGAGGUGUUACCAGAAGGGUUCUUAGAUCGGACUGCCCAGAUUGGGAAGUCAUUGGAUGGGCCCCCAGGCCCAGUGCUGGCCCAUGAAGCGGUUGGAGGGUUCGUGUCCCACUGCGGAUGGAACUCUACCCUGGAAAGUGUAUAUUACGGAGUGCCCAUUGCCACGUGGCCGCUAUUCGCAGAACAACAAACCAACGCGUUUGAAUUAGUGCGCGAGUUGAAGAUGGCCGUAGAAAUAUCAUUGGAUUACAGAAUGGCUUUCAGGAGAGAAAGCGAGCCGGGGGUAAUAAGUGCAGAGAGGAUAGAGAAAGGGGAAGAGGAAGUGAUGGAGAGAGAAAGUGAGAGGAGGAAGAAGGUGAAACAGAUGAGUGAGUUGAGUCGGAAGGCGCUGAAGGAAGGUGGAUCUUCCUACGCUUAUCUGGGCCGUUUCAUUGAGGAUAUACUGAAUGAUAGGAUGUGAAGCUAUCAAGAUUGAUGAAAGAACCAGCACAAGAAGACUUGUGUAACACUUUGUAAUUCAUAUACCACGAGGUGAGAGGACGUUAACUGCAUCAUUGGUGUUUGCUUGAAUUUACUUCGUUAAAUGCUCUAGCUUCCUGGUCCUCAUCGUCCUGUAUUAUUGGUGUUUCUUUUCUAUUACUUAUUUUAAAAUGAUUGCCACUGCGAAAUUUUAGUUUUA